AUGAGCUCUUCUCGAUAUGCAGACGAUACGGAGCGACAAGCGCCGAUAUCAGGAUCAAUACGUCGUGCCCGAGAGCGAGCUGCGGCUGGGAUGCCACGAGAGGACUUCACCUUUCCUACGAGAAUGGGCCCGCCCCCACAACAUCAGCAGUCGUCGAUGCGGCAGCCGUCGCGGAUACCACCGCCACGGUCAACAGGAGGUCCUCUGCAGAUGAAGAACGGACAGAUCGGUGUCGCCAUAUCUAACCCGACUCCCGCAGCACAAUGGCCCCUGGCUGGUCCUCUUGCAGCGCCAUCCAAUCUAUCUUCCAACGAUGCCGAGCCAUAUCGCCCACCACCCGGGCGCUCACAACCACCGCAGCGUCCUCCACGACCGAGCAACGUGCCUUCGAUUCUGGAUGCUUCUAGGAUUCAGGAUCUGACCCCCUCCGUCUUUCCGUAUGGUGCCGGCACCUCGUCCAACACCUACAACAAUAACUCCUUUGCCGCCCCCCCUCCUAUGGGGGACAGGCCAGGUCGGCGGCCCGACAUGUAUUUUGGCCAACAAUCGAUGGCAUCCCCGACAUCGCGGCCGUCUACCGUCUCGUCCGUCGGCUCCAUUCCGGACUUCCCGAUUCCCGUGACGCCCGUCGCCAUACUAGCGCCCCCCCCAAUACCAAUUCAACCACGCCGCAGCGUCACCUUGGGCCCGCCUCCUUCAGCACGUCGGGGUGCGUCCUCGUUCUACUCGAGCGCGUCGUUUGUGUCGCCCAUCCCCGAGGAAAGCCCGAGAUCACGCUCGCACACCUCUUUGGCAUCCAGUGCUGCAAUGCCCGAGAGCUGGGGAACAGAAUCAUCACCAUCGUUGAGCCCGAACUACACGGUGGAGUCCACCUAUUACGAAGACAUUAUUCCCGAAGACGGCCAGGAGUCGUUCGUUUUCGGCAACGGAUAUUACGAGGACGAGCGUGGGAGCGGUGCCAGCUCACCGAACAGCGACGAUGGAAAACGCCUUGUUCGUAGCGCAAGCUUGGGCAAGCGAGCCAAAGCCGCGUUAGUGACGACAGGGGGAUCGCGCCUGAGUCAAAACAGCCAGUCACGAGCCUCAAACGCUGGGCCCUUCUUUGAAGACACCAGCUAUUCCAACCCUUCGGCGUCGUCUUCGGCGUCAAACAUCACUGCGCCGCCGCGUGCGGCUCCGGCCCGCUCAACAUUAACGGCCUCCAGCAUACUGGAAGCGUACGAAGCUGCAAGCGAGCUCAACCUGGCGCACCCUAACCGGCCACCGUCCUCUAAUCCUUCUAAUUACAACAAUGAUAGCAACAGCGAGUCGACUCGCGAUUACAGCCGACGAUCAGCCAUCCGCCGCCCACCGCGAAUCGAUCUGGACGCUGUGCGAAAAGCCGAGGCUCGUGGAAGCUUGACCAGCUUGCCUGAUCUGAUCAAGCGAGCAACCCGACUGGCUGCCAGCUUGGAUCGUGGCCACCGCCCAGCCAGCCGCAUGAACGAAUAUAGUAUGUCGCCAGGCAUGUAUGGGGCUAUCGACAAGGAAAUGGGCAUUGAAAGAGACAAACAUCAGUCUGGCCUGUCUGACAUGCUGGCGGCCUUCCCGCCGCCAGCGCAGGCAGGUCGACGAAGCUUUCGCGAUCAAAUCGGGUCUUGGCCAUUGCCUCUUAUUGGCGGAAGACAAGGAAACCUGUCGCCAUAUAAUGGAGACUCAGACCGCAUGGAUGGCCAGCAACAGCGCAAGGGACGGCGCUGCUGUGGCCUGCCGCGUUGGGGGGCUCUUCUUCUCCUAUUCGUGGUCCUCGUGAUUGUGGCAGCGGCAAUCGUGAUUCCGCUGGAAUUCCUUGUUAUCCACAAGAAGAGCACAAGCUCGGCAACGGCGAAGUGUGAGAAGCAGCUGAUAUGUCUGAACGGUGGCACCAACUUUGUCUCGGAUGCAGGCUCCGGGCUUACCAACAUUACCAUUGGCGAUGCGCUACCGCGACUGAUCGAACAAGCGCAGCUCAACUUCUCGAUUCCGCUGUCGGGCACGCAGAUCCUGGCAAUGCUGAACGCCGGCAAUCUGAGCUGUACGGCCGAGAACGCUCUGGUGACCUUUGACGGCGAGACCGUUCGGCAGUCAGAUGGGUCCACAGAGGUUAGCGACGCGGUGGUGAACGCGGCGGUCAGCAAGAAUGAGGACGUGGAUGUUGCCAAUGCAGUCCAGAUUAUGACGGUGACGGUCAUGUCCGGGUCAAAUGCAGCCAUCACGAUCAGUCCAUCGACCGAGACGGUGGUUGUCGGUACCGACACGAGUGGUACGCUGAUAACCCAAGAGGGCUUGACGAUCAGCAUCGCGGCAUCCGACUUGUUAAAACCGACUUCGACGACAACGACAACGGUGACGGUCACCCCGACGUCGACGGCAUCUGGCGGCAGCAAGAGCACAAGCAAAAGCACAAGCACAGCGAGCAAGACAUCCACCAGGAGCAGCACAACCACGACGGCGUCAUCGGCGUCGACUGCCACAUUCACGGUGACGGAAGAGGUGCUAGACUUUGCGCGGGUGGCGGUACUCUACAUUCUUCAGGAAGAGUCGCUGGCGAACGCAGAAACGGCACAGACGGCGCUGCAGAAGUUUUUCUCCAGCGCAAGUAAUGGGGUGCGAAACAAGACGACCGGGGUGACGUUGGAAGAGGCUCGCAACCUGACGCUGAGCAACGGCAACUCGGUCAACUUGGAGACGUUCAAGGUGGCGGUGACAGCUGGGUUGGGCGGCACGGUAAAGCGGAGGAGUGGAGUAGAAAGCUGGUUUGGAUGA